AAUAACUUACACUUUACAAGAAUUUUCUCUUAUCAUCUUCCUUUCCUCUUACUAUUAAAAUUCUUGAGAGUUGGAGUAAAAAGUGGAGACUUGAUUGAAAUCUCCGUUGUAUUACCUUAUCCCCUUCCCCACUACUCCUCCACCACCGCCACCGUUUCCUCGCCGGAAACACACCCAGAACCUCCGGCGAGCGGACUUCGGCUGAACAAUGUCUUCAGUUUCAUGUCUUUCCCUUCAAACCACUCAAAAGACUCUAUUUUUCCGCCCGAAUUCAUUGGCCAAGAACUCAAUUUCCUUAAAGAACCCUUCUUUUUCUCCUGUUGCAAGAGGGUUUUCAAGAAUCGCAAAGGAUGCUAAGGGGGGCUCUCUGCGUGCUCUUGCUUGCUCAACGUCAUCGCCUUUCAUAGGGAAAGUUGGGCUGCACAAACGAGAGGGGAAUUUUUCUUUGCUGUCUUUUGGUUUGGACCCCAAGGUCUCUGUGGAGGCGGAAGUGAAGUCUGAUGCUUCUCAACUUUUGUCGGCUCUGCUUCCGUUUGUGGUGGCGCUCACGGCUGUUGCUGCCCUUUCCAAGCCUUCGACUUUCACUUGGGUGUCGAAGGAAUUGUAUGCUCCUGCACUUGGAGGCAUUAUGUUGUCCAUUGGAAUCAAACUCUCAAUCGAUGAUUUUGCUCUAGCAUUUAAAAGACCUGUGCCAUUGUUCAUCGGAUUUAUUGCUCAAUAUGUGUUGAAACCAGCACUUGGGGUUUUUGUGGCACGGGCUUUUGGGAUAUCUCCGAUGUUCUAUGCUGGUUUUGUCCUGACUUCAUGUGUUGCAGGGGCUCAACUAUCUAGCUAUGGCAGCUUCUUGAGUAAAGGAGAUGUGGCCUUAAGCAUUCUUUUGACCAGCUCAUCGACCAUUGCCUCAGUUCUUGUUACUCCUCUGUUAACAGGCCUUCUCAUUGGCUCUGUCGUUCCAGUUGAUGCCGUUGCUAUGUCAAAAUCUAUUUUGCAGGUGGUUCUUGCUCCUGUCACUCUUGGUUUGGUGCUAAACUCUUAUGCCAAACCAUUUGUAUCUAUUCUACAACCUGUUAUGCCGUUUGUUGCAAUGGUGUGUACUUCAUUGUGUAUUGGGAGCCCUCUUGCUAUCAACAGGAGCCAAAUCCUUUCGGCUGAGGGUCUGAGAUUAAUUGGUCCGGUGCUAUCAUUUCACGCAGUAGCAUUUACGUUGGGCUAUUGGAUCUCCAAAAUGCAACCUCUGAGGUUAGAGGAAGAAGUUUGCAGGACAAUUUCAUUGUGCACAGGGAUGCAAAGCUCAACGCUAGCAGGACUUCUUGCGAGUCAGUUUCUGGGCAGCACUCAAGCCGUUCCCCCUGCUUGCUCAGUUGUCGCCAUGGCCAUCAUGGGCCUCUGCCUGGCAUCCUUCUGGGGCAGUGGAUAUAGAAUCAGAGACUUGCCAUCUCUUCUAGCUCCAAGAGCUGGCUCGAAAGUAAACAUUUAACGGGCUACUGUUUUUUCGUACGUGGAAAUAUAUGACAGGUAUAGUUCAGCAUAUACGGGAGUAGAGUAAUAGAUACAGGCGGGGGGAAUA